UCCAAAACAGAGAACCAGACCCUCUAUAAAUACACAUCUCAUCCACUCCCCACAAAGCACAGAAUCGAAGUAGUAGUUGAUAACACUAUCACAACCACUCCAAUACACAAAUCAACCAAUUUCCCUUUUUUUCUUUCAUUCUCUGAUCAUUAUCAAGUUCUUCAGAAACCCAAGAUGUCUCUGAUCCCAAGCUUCUUCAAUGGCAGAAGAACCAACAUCUUCGACCCAUUCUCUCUAGACAUAUGGGAUCCAUACAUGGGCUUCCCUCGUCCUCAACUCUCAACUGAUACAGCAGCUUUUGUUAAUACCCAAAUCGAUUGGAAGGAGACCCCUGAAGCCCAUAUCUUGAAGGCAGAUCUUCCAGGACUUAAGAAGGAAGAAGUGAAGGUGGAAGUUGAGGAAGGUAAGGUGUUGCAGAUCAGUGGAGAGAGAAGCAAAGAGAAGGAAGAGAAGACUGAUAAGUGGCACCGUGUGGAGCGCAGUAGUGGCAAGUUUUUACGGCGGUUUAGGUUGCCGGAAAAUGCUAAGGUGGAUGAGGUGAAGGCAGCAAUGGAGAAUGGUGUGCUUACUGUGACUGUUCCUAAGGAGGAAGUGAAGAAGGCUGAGGUUAAGGCUAUUGAUAUCUCUGGCUGAGACUUUUAACUCUGAAAUAUAUGAAGGUUUUGUGAUUGUAAUUUGGGUUUUAAAUGGGUUGGGCUUCUUAGUAAUCUCCAGUUUGUUUUUGUCUUUGUCUUUGUUUGGUGUGUGUAUGCUGCAAAUAAGUGGCUCAUUUGUCAUUAAUGGCCAUGGAUUUCCCCCAAUAAAAGCAGAGUUUUUUUUUCUUCCUCCAUAA